AUGGUGUGCGCUUCGAAAUUGAAAGAACUGGCUUUGAAGCUGUUCGAAAUCAACGCGUUCAAGUUUGGUGACUUCAAAAUGAAGGUGGGCAUCAACUCGCCGGUAUACUUCGAUUUGCGCGUGAUCGUAAGCCACCCGGAUGUAAUGGAUACCUUAGCGGAUCUGUUGCAGGAGUUCAUAGUGGAAUGCAAGCUGGACACGGCUGGGACACAUUUGUGUGGCGUUCCCUACACAGCACUACCGCUGGCAACGCUUAUUUCAAUUAAGGCCAAUAAACCGAUGCUGAUACGGCGCAAGGAGGCGAAAAAGUAUGGGACCAAAAAGUUGAUCGAGGGCAAAUUCGAUGCGGGCGACAAGUGUCUCAUCAUUGAGGAUGUCGUGACGUCCGGAUCGAGCAUUUUGGACACGGUCAACGAUAUUCGUUCGGAAGGAUUGAUCACAACCGAUGCGAUUGUGGUGGUCGAUCGUGAACAGGGAGGGGUACAGAACACGGCCGAGCGUGGCGUCCGUAUGCACUCGCUCUACACGCUGUCCUAUCUGCUGCAGACCAUGCUGGAGGCGAAACGUAUCGAGGAGAGUACGGUGAAGGCGGUGGCCAAGUAUAUCGAGGCCUGCCAAAUCCGUAGCGACGGAUCGUUCAUCAAGAAUGGUACCACUGUUGUGAAUGAACUGAGCCGCAUCGGCAUGAGCUUCGAGGCACGGACGGAUCUUGCCAAGUGUCCACUGGCGAAGGAGCUGUUUAAGGUGAUUGCCGCGAAAAAGACGAUGCUUUGCCUAGCAGCCGAUCUGACCAGCAGUGAGGAAAUUCUGAACCUUGCCGAUGCGGUCGGACCGUACAUAUGCGUGCUGAAAACGCAUUGUGACAUUAUAACCGACUUUAGCGAACAGUUUGUCCGAUCGCUGCAAUCACUCGCCCGCCAGCACAACUUUCUGCUGAUGGAAGAUCGCAAAUUUGCCGACAUUGGUAAUACGGUCGCGCAGCAGUACGUUGGCGGACUCUACCGGAUUGCUGACUGGGCCGAUCUGGUGACGGUACACGCAUUGCCGGGGCAAGGCAUACUGAAGGGUUUGAAGUCGGCGCUCAAUGUCGAUAAACCGCUCGCAUCGCGCGGUGUCUUUCUGCUGGCCGAAAUGAGUACGGAGGGUGCGCUGACGGACGAGAAGUAUUCGACAGCGACGGUUAAGAUGGCGACUGAGAUGGAUACGGAUUUUGUGGCCGGUAUCGUUUGUCAAAGUAAGGAUCUGGUUGCGUCGCCCGGUUUGCUGCAGCUUACGCCGGGCGUUAAACUGCAGGAAGGCGUUGAUGGACUCGGCCAACUGUACGAAAGCCCCGAAAGGGUAGUGAAGGAACGCGGUGCUGAUGUGUGCGUCGUUGGGCGUGGUAUUAUAUCCUCAAAAACACCAUCGGAAACUGCCCGCAUCUAUCGCGAUCGUCUGUGGGAGGCGUAUUUGGAGCGGAUUGGAGUUGAAAAGAAUGGAGCGGCGAAUUGA